CACCGACGCUGUUCUUUGUCGUCGUCGUCGUCGUCGUAGUCGUCGUUGCCGCCGCCGCCGCUCGUUCGCCGACCACCAGUCACUAUAGUUAGUAGUCACUGCUCGCCAGUCAGUCGUUUACUUUUCGUGUCGUACGUUGUGUCGCGCGCGCGUUCCGCGUUCGUCCGUAGUUGCAGUUUAAUCCGGCGCUAAUAAAUCAUAAUUUAAGAUACCGAAAACGCGAUCCUACGUCAAACCUUCAGUCAUCACCUGUGUCGUUGCCGUUUGCCGGUCGCGCGUGCGUUUACCGUCGUAUUUCUUUCUCUUUUUUUACCUAUUAUUUUCUCACACAAAUGGCACGAAGAAUGUCGUCGCCGUUGCGGCGGUCACGGCAGCGGUCGACGGCAUGAAUCGUUGGUUGGCCUUCUGCGGUGCGGUGUAUUGCGAAAACAUGCGUCCGCGAAAAAAAAUCGGCGGACCCGCCGCAGUGUGACGACGAUGAAGGGUACGUGAAACGCUGUCGCUGAGCACGGGGCGCUUAAGCCGCGCGAAGACAUGUGGCCCGCAGGUUCGCCGACGGCGCUUGCCGUCGCGACCACCGUGGCCGUAUUCUUGACGGUGGUCGUCGGAAAGUUUGGACGGAUAAGCUCUACCCCCGUUCAACAACCAGGAAAAUUGCCGUCACUCAACCAUUUCAUAAAGCACUAUACGCCUGCGGAAUACGACCGGGACGGCUUGUUAGAACAGCAUCGGAGGAUGCGCAGGGAUACCGCCGCUAGUAAUCAACAACUGCAAUCGCCGUUACGGCUCACCAUCGCUACGCCACACAGGACGUUCAAAAUGUUGCUGACGCCAGACCAAAAACUAUUCGCUGAUGACGUGGUGUUCGAGGGCUCGGGUGAUCGUCCAAUACCGUUUGAUCCAGGCAAAGCUUACGUCGGCACAUUGGAAGACGAGGAGACAGUGACGGUGCGUGGUAUUGUGACGUCCGACGGACUGUUUGACGGCACCAUCAGUACGGCCGCCGAAGAAUUCUUCGUAGAACCUUCGUCGCGGUACGGCACGCUGCCAUACCAUAGCGUUGCAUACCGUUUGUCGGACGUGGACGGCCCAAAGGCGGCCGGCGGCGGUUGCAGAUCGGAAGCACUGCGCGGACGACGGUCGACCGACAUCGGGCAUACCGAUGCCGAGAGGCUAGUGAACCAGACUUACGACACGGAGGGUGUGAUACUGGUGCGGUCACCAAACGGUACCAUCGUGAACCGGAGCAGGCAGUCGGCCUCCAGCAAGACGUCCGUGCCAAAGCCCAACUGGUACGACCCGAAUGACCAGCGCAAGAUGAUCGGGGCCGGCGACGAGGCCAGCAGUAACCUGGUGGUGGACGACAGCGGCGGUUACGAUCCAUUCGAGAACCGCAAGAAGGGGCUGGGUGGGUUCGUCGACAACCGGAAAACCACGUGCAUGCUCUACCUGCAAGCCGACCACUUAUUCUACGAGAAGUACGGCAGGGAAGAGACGUGCAUCGAAGUCAUGACUAGGCACGUGCAAAGGGUGAAUGCCAUUUACAGAAACACUGACUUUAAUCAAGACGGUAAACCAGACAAUAUAAGCUUCAUGAUUAAGAGGGUGAAAGUGCACUCUAACCCAGACCCUACCUACAAGUUCCUGGGGAAUUAUGGAGUAGAGAAAUUUUUAGAAAUAUUUUCGGAGGAAGAUUACGAUGCCUUUUGUUUGGCUUACAUGUUUACGUAUAGAGAUUUUGAAAUGGGUACUCUAGGUUUAGCGUGGACUGGGGAUUUGAAGAACGCUGGUGGUGUAUGUGAAAAAAAUGGACAUUAUCGGGGUAGUUUAAAAAGUUUAAACACUGGUAUUGUAACCCUGUUAAAUUACGGAAAACAUGUACCUUCCGCUGUGUCUCAUGUUACACUAGCACACGAAAUUGGCCAUAACUUUGGUUCACCGCACGACCCCGAAACAUGUACGCCGGGCGGCGACGAUGGUAACUAUAUUAUGUUCGCUCGAGCAACUUCGGGUGACAAGAAAAAUAAUAAUAGAUUUUCGCCAUGUAGCUUGUCUGCUAUAAAUCCUGUACUAAAUGUUAAAGCCAGAAGUACUAGAGGAUGUUUCACUGAACCACAAGCAUCGAUUUGUGGUAACGGCGUUGUUGAGCCUGGUGAAGAGUGCGAUUGUGGGUGGGAAGAGGACUGUAAAGACGCAUGUUGUUUCCCGCAAAGGAGAUAUUCACGACCCGAAGAACCACCGUGUAGAUUAACGGCAAAUAGUGUUUGCAGCCCUUCACAGGGACCAUGUUGCACAAAUGAUUGCAAUUUGAAAAUAGGAGAUCUUUGUCGCAAUGACAACGGUUGCCGAGAUGCUAGUUACUGCAAUGGGAUGACACCUACCUGUCCUGCUUCUAUUAACAAACCAAAUAAGACUGUAUGCAAUGAAGAGUUUGUGUGUUACAUGGGAGAAUGUACUGGAUCUAUAUGUCUUGCAUAUGGACUCGAAUCCUGCCAAUGUUUACCUACCCCUCAGGACUCUCCUACAAAAGCGUGCGAGUUGUGUUGUAAACUACCUGGUGAAAAUCAACCUUGUUUGUCAUCAUAUUCUUGGAAUAACGUGCCAUACGACAUACCAGAUAUGUAUUCUAAGCCAGGUACCCCAUGUAACGACUACAACGGGUAUUGUGAUGUAUUUCAAAGAUGUAGAGAAGUUGACCCGUCAGGACCUUUAGCAACGCUUCGAAAGUUGUUAUUAUCUGAAGAAAGUAUUGCCUCAUUUAAAAAAUGGGCUAUAGAUCAUUGGUACUAUUCUGGUCUAAUUGUGGCCUCUUUCCUGUUGAUGCUAGUUCUAAGUACGCGGUUGUUUGGAAAACGAUCCGAUCCAAAAUUGAAAUCGGUGACGAUCAUCCACAGCUCGACCACGGAAACUGUCCGGUUGCCAGCUGAUGGUGACAAUCAAAAUGUUACUGUUCAUCCAGCUGCCGUGCGUUCGAAACUUCCAUUGAAAAAACGCGUACGUGAAAAACGUAAUGUAAACAACAAUAACAGUCCCGCGAAAAAGAGUCGCAAAAAUGUCGCAGCCGAGGAGGAGUCGACGACAGAGACGUCUUCUCCGAAAAAAGUUGGCCUUGCCCAAAAGAAAGAACGAAAGACUAGGCGAAAGAAAUCGAAAGGCGUCAUCGACUACAGCGUCGCCCAGAACAAAGUGCUCGUGGCGAACAAGAAAACACCCGAAGACGAUUCGCUGGGCAAGGUUCGCAAUUGGCUGUUAAACUCGCAUCACAUCGAGGCUCUCGGCGGCACACUGAGGAAGUCAAAGUCGUCGCCGGCCGGCUUCGCGAACCCCCCCGAACUUCCCAGACCGGUGCCCAAAGCUCAACAAAAAACCAAAGACAAUCAAGUUAGUUUGCAGGUAGUGUACAAGCCCCCGUUCAAGUUUAGCGUCAAGCUCAGCAAGUCCAAACCGGACCUGACGAAAGACAAGCGACCGGAUCGGACCAAGCAGCGUGCGGCCCUGCUGAUCCGGGCCAACCGGGUGCGCGGCGGUGGCGUCGGCCCUGCCAAGCAACAAACGAAGAAGCAGCUGCAGGCCAACAGUAGCAGAGCGGCCGCUAAACAAGAGCCCAAGAACGCAUCGGCCGCGGCCUCCGCGGGCAGACUGCAGCCGCCCGAGCCCAUAUACGAGAACAACGCGGCCAUCGACUUGCUGCGCAUGUCGUCCACAGAGCACGAUGGCCACCAACCGAUAUUCCCGGUGGCCGCGUCGCCGCCGAACAAACAGAGGAAGUCGUUCGCCGGCGUGGACGCGAAAACCGACGACGCGGCGUCCCGGCCCAAGCGGAACAGCGUUCCACUGCAACAACAACAGCCGAGCACGUCGGGCAACAGCAAUCUGAUGCGAUUUCCGUCCACCGAUAACAAGCAGGCCAACAACAGCAGCGGUUCCGCACCCGCCAUUAACGCAAAUAAAUCCGACGAAAAAACGUGAUAGUCGUCGCGACGAGGUAAUUUUACGAAUUUUUUGUUCAUCAUCAUUAUAAUUAUAAUUAUUAUUAUUAUUAUUAUUAUUAUGCGUGCGAUACUCUCUUUCUGUUAUCGUCACGUCCUACGACGUCGUCGCUAAUCUGCGUGUUUUAAUCUCGUCAGUCGAAUACCGAUCGGAACCGCGAAAAACUGCACGUGCCGUACCGCGGCGCUCGUGAUCUCAGUCCCAAACGCUCCCCCCUCCUUACCCCUGACAGUCAAAAAGCAUUUACUUCCGUUUUUAUACGUCUCGUUUGUAAUUAUCGUCGUCAUCAACUGGUCAGUGUCCACCGUCGUCAAUCAGUCGUGGACAUAUCAUUAUUACAAUAAUUGCCGUGUUGGACGGUGGUUGGUAAUCUGUGAUUUCUUCAAUUCUCGCGUAAAUCGACUAAUUCGUCAAAUGACAAAAAUAAAAAGAUACAAAAAAAAAAAAAAAAAAUAUAUGUGCUCUGCAAA